AUCUCUUCCCUCUCAUCAAACUUUGUGCGCGGCUACUUGAUCAACUGCCUCGCGGGGAUCGUGUACUUGGUCGAGUCCCAUCGGAUAAGAGCCCCACUUCCAACUAACCAUAACUGUUACACACUGAAUCGUUCCCUUUACCAUAAUUCUACACGUCGUCAAUCGUGCGAGUUGACCCGCUGCCUGACGAGGGCCCAGAAUUUG